GCAAAAUGGCUACCUUCCGUUGUAGCUACCUUGUCCCCUGAACGUCAAAGGCGUGUGUUGUGUCAGAAAUUCGUGUCAAAAUUAGACAAGUUGUCAGAGGAGUGCUUACGCCGGAUCAAAUUUUUUAUUUGACUUCGGAAAAAAGUGGAAAAAUCAAGCUGGAGUGAGAUGGCACAAUGGAAAGAUCAGCUAAAGUUCGACAUCGAGUGGGGGCACGAGCGGCUGGUGCGGGCCCAGCAAACGGUGGAGGUUCGCCCGUUCGAUGUGGAAUCAUGGUCGGUGAUGAUCCGGGAGGGCCAAAGCCGGCACAUUAAUGAGGUGCGUACGCUGUACGAGUCGCUGGUUAGCGUUUUCCCGACCACGGCUCGUUACUGGAAGAUUUACAUCGAGCAGGAGAUGAAGUACCGGAACUAUGAGCGGGUGGAGAAGCUCUUCCAGCGGUGUUUGGUGAAAAUAUUGAACAUCGACUUGUGGAAGUUGUAUCUGACCUACGUGAAGGAGACGAAGGCCGGGUUGAGUACGCACAAGGAAAAACUGGCUCAGGCGUACGAUUUUGCGCUGGAGAAGAUUGGUAUGGAUUUGCACUCGUACUCGAUUUGGCAGGAUUAUAUUUCGUUUUUGAAGAGUGUAGAGGCGAUUGGGAGCUAUGCGGAAAAUCAGAAGAUAACAGCGGUGCGUAAAGUUUAUCAGAAAGCGGUAAUUACGCCGAUUAUCGGUAUAGAACACUUGUGGAAGGAAUAUAUUGCUUUCGAGCAGAACAUAAAUCCAAUUAUUUCGGAAAAGAUGAGUUUGGAGAGGUCACGAGAUUAUAUGAAUGCUCGCCGAGUUGCGAAAGAGCUGGAAAUAGUAACGAAGGGACUGAAUCGAAAUUUGCCAGCAGUACCACCUACGGGGACGAAAGAGGAGUUGAAACAGGUGGAACUGUGGAAGAAGUAUAUUAAUUUUGAAAAAUCAAAUCCCUUGAGAAGUGAGGACACUGCGUUGGUAACUCGCCGAGUGAUGUUUGCCACUGAGCAGUGCUUGCUGGUUCUGACUCAUCAUCCGGCAGUUUGGCAUCAAGCUGCACAGUAUCUGGAUCAAAGUUCGAAACAGCUCAUAGACAAGGGCGAUUUGAACGCUGCAAAAGUGUUUGCGGAUGAAGCUGCCAACAUUUUGGAAAGGGCUAUCAACAGUGUCCUAAGUCGGAACGCGCUUCUAUAUUUCGCAUAUGCUGAUUUCGAGGAAGGAAGACUGAAGUACGAAAAAGUACAUCAAAUGUACAAUAAAUUCCUUUCAAUUUCGGAUAUCGAUCCGACCUUAGCCUACAUUCAAUACAUGAAGUUUGCCCGGCGUGCCGAAGGAAUCAUUUCAGCUAGAGCCAUCUUCAAGAAAGCCCGCGAAGAUGUCCGAUCCACUUAUCAUGUCUUCGUUGCUGCGGCGCUUAUGGAGUAUUACUGCACCAAGGACAAGGACAUUGCAUUCCGUAUAUUCGAGUUGGGGCUCAAAAGAUUCGGCGGAAGUCCUGAAUACGUCAUGUGUUAUAUCGAUUAUCUCUCGCACUUAAACGAAGAUAACAACACCAGAGUCCUGUUUGAACGAGUUCUAUCAUCCGGCGGGUUAACACCUCAGCUAUCGGUAGAAGUGUGGAACCGGUUCUUGGAAUUUGAGUCAAACAUAGGCGAUUUGUCCAGUAUCGUGAAAGUUGAACGCCGAAGAAGUGCUGUCUUGGAAAAACUCAAAGAAUUCGAAGGCAAGGAAACAGCCCAACUGGUCGAUCGCUACAAGUUCCUCAAUCUCUACCCAUGUUCAUCGGCGGAACUUAAAUCCAUCGGUUACACUGAAACCGACGGGAUUCUGAACCCAAUCUCCACGAAACACGCAGCUCCAGUCGAAGCUCCGGAGCAGCCACACAAAAUUCCACGUCCGGACUUUGCACAAAUGAUUCCAUACAAGCCGAAGCCGAAUGCCUACCCAGGAGAACACCCGUUGGACGGUGGUGCCUUCCCGCAACCUCCGGCCCUGGCAGCCCUCUGCUCAAUGCUCCCACCGCCAAUCUGCUUCCACGGUCCGUUCGUCUCCGUAGACAAGCUGCAGGACCUAUUCAGUCGUAUAGUUCUUCCGGACGUUGCCCCCACUCCGAUUGCCGGCGAGAACGGCAAUAGCAUCAAAUUAUUUGACCUGGCCAAGGCGGUGCACUGGAUUGUGGAUGACAGCACCUACUCGGGCGAGGGCGGACUGAAGCGGCGCCGAAUGGCACCCGGUGGAGACGAUAGUGACGAAGAAACUGCCCUUCCUGCGCCACCGGUUAACGAUGUCUAUCGUUUGCGACAACAGAAGAGAUUCAACCGAUAAACAGGUUGAGCUAUACGCGCGAGGAACCGUAUUACUCAGCAUUGAAUGAUUAGUCAUAAGUCUAUUUUUUUUUUUUUGCAACACAUAAGUAUAUGUAUAUGGAACAGAAUAAUGAACGAAUAAAUUGA